AGUGAGGUUACUCUGUGUGCGCUCAGUCGGCCAUAAACAGUCUUUCCUCCAGGAGAUGUCGUCCACCGACGCCCCUCCCACUCUGAGGGAAGGUGAGAUGUUCCACGUCUUCAUCAGCUACAGCAGCACAGACUACCAGUGGACACACGCCCUCAUAGACCAGCUGGAGGCCCUCGGCCUGCACGUCUGCUACCACGAGCGUGAUUUCACACCGGGCCGCACCGUGCUGGAGAACAUGUCCGAGUGCAUCCAGGAGAGCCAGAAGGUCCUGCUGGUCCUCAGCUCGGAGUUUGUGCGGAGCCGCUGGUGUCUCCUGGAGGCCAACAUGUCUCUGUUCAGAGACUGCCUGGAGAGGAAGCCCAUCGUCCCCGUGCUUCUGGAGCCGGGAGUGACCGUCCCGCUCCACCUGUGCCACCUCACCUACCUGGAGGUCAGCGACCCCGAGUUCAUGACCAAGCUGAUGAAGGUGCUCUUCACCCCCAACCGGCAGCUCCAGGGCUCCACGGUGGUUCCCUAUCAGCCUCCGUCCAUCUACAACGGCAAGGCCCUGCAGCCGUUAACUGCUGUUAAUGUGGAAAGUCUUUACAAGUGGGAUUCGGGUACAUUUAGCGAAAUGGAAGUGCCAGACCAACUGCGCCUGAUCAUUGAGGACCAGGACAAGUACAGGAACGCCAUCGGCAUCAUCAAUAGUGUGUCUGAUCUUCAAGUUUGGCUGCGUCCCCUCUGGGUCAGGGUUUUGCUCUACAUUAGUGGUGUGAUAAUGUUCAUAAUUUUAGUUGGGAUGUUUGUGUAUUUGACAGCAUUAAUCACGACCAGCAUCAUACCCAGACGUGUGGACAAUGACCCCGCUGGAGAGUGGAUACCGGUCAUCGCGUGUUUCUUCUUUAUUCCAAUCGGACUCAUUCUUCACCUUUCACUUUGGAAGAACGACGACGAGAAGCACGUAGUGAGGGAGAUGCAAAAAGCCGCAGGGCGAGCCAACACCAUCCUCCACGAGGAGAAGCUCCUGAUGGGCUGUCGCUCCAAUUCCAAAAUAUACUUGGUCUACGUUUCUCUGGACGGAUGCAAGUGCGAGUUUGAGGAGACAUUUAAGCAGCAGGUCAGCCCAGAUGAGGCCUUCAAAAAAGCCUUGCUCAUGUUCUCGUCGGGUUACGCCUGCUGCCUUGCUAAAAGACACUUCCCUUUCCCUCAGCCCGACUCCUAUCUGGGUCACCUGGAUGGAGGAGUGUGUUUUUGUCAGUACGUCUCCCGGCAGCUCAACCGCGGGGAGUGGAAGUGAGAGUAGUGGACAGUUUAUUAUUCUUUUUCUACUUUUUGACCUAUAAAUGUCGUUAGAAUGUUGUAUUCUCGUGUUGAACAAUGCCAACGUUUCAGAUAAUGAGGUUUGCGCAUUUGAGGCCUGAAAGAAGUUUGGGCUGGCUCUGAAAGCUCAGUUCCAGAGAGUUCUUUCUAACAAUGAGCUUUAUGACGUCAGACUUCCUUAUAUGGGCAUGCCAGUCGGGGUCCACCACAAUUAGUGGGUAUACCCAAGGAAGAGCCCCACAAAAGAUGUUUAAACAUGGACCUACUUGAACAUCUCUGAGUUCAUACAGGGGUCAGAGGUCAGGGGUCUCCUACAGCUACCAGGACCUCCUAACCACUUUUCAAGUAGCUUUCCAAAGGGUUUGUUCAUUUGUAAUCAACGCCAAAACCUCCAAAACUAGAAAGUGGGGUUCGGCAGCUGUCCAGAAGUCCUUGGGAGUGCUUGGGAGUGUGACCGAUCACAGUGCAGUGAUCGUACCUGGAGGCAUGCCAUGGGUGGAAUCCAUUUAAACAGACUGUUUUGGCGGCGAGCAGCAAAUGAGCUUUAUGACGUCAGACUUCCUUAUAUGGGCAUGCCAGUCGGGGUCCACCACAAUUAGUGGGUAUACUCAAGUUUUGUCAAACACGGAAAAGCCCCACAAAAAACGUUUAAACGUGGAUCUACUUGAACAUCUCUGAGUUCAUACAGGGGUCAGAGGUCAGGGGUCUCCUACAGCUACCAGGACCUCCUAACCACUUUUCAAGUAGCUUUCCAAAAGGUUUGUUCAUUUGUAAUCAAUGCCAAAACCUCCAAAACUAGAAAGUGGGGUUCAGCAGCUGUCCAGAAGUCCUUGGGAGUGCUUGGGAGUGUGACCGAUCACAGUGCAGUGAUCGUACCUGGAGGCAUUCCACCAUGGGUGGAAUCCAUUUAAACAGACUGUUUUGGCGGCGAAUGGGUGGAAUAGGUUAAGAUUCUGGAAGAUCAAGAAAGCUUACUGUGUGUAGCUGCUCUUGUGGAGUCCACAACUCAAUCCAAAGGGCCGAAAAUGUGCAUAAUAGGUAGGGAUGAGUGAGUACACCACUAUCUAUCUCAUCCGGCAUUAAGGUGUACGGACCUCACAUUUCAGAAUUUUGUUACAUCUUUUGAAGUGACGAUGAUAAACAAUGUUGGAUCGUCGCUGGAUGUUGGGUUCAUUGUAUGUUUUGGUAUUAGCAUUUGCCAGCAUUAGCACUGAUUAGCAAGAUGGACUUAUCAUGUUAAUGUCUUUUAUAUUUCUUUUUCUGCAUAUUCACACAAUAUCAUGGGAAUGCCAUGAUAUGUUGUGAUCAUAUUAACCUAUGUUACAAAGUUUUAUAAUGGCAAUUAAUCACUUCUUUGCAAUAUGAUGUGUUAUUAUAUAAAAGAACCACACUG